UACAGCUUAUUCACAGCUGACAUCGCGUGAAACUAUACGGAAAGCUUAAAAUAAAACUAAAAAGCAACAAAAACAACGACCUCUUCACGCGAAAUGUCUCUCGAAAGAAUUUCUGCUAAAAGUUAAAUUGUUUUCACGAGUUUAACGUGAAUCACUUUCUCGUUAAAAUGUUCAAAUGUGCAAGGGUAGUUAUAUUUGUGAUUUUAGUGGUGGCUAUUGAGGGAAUAAGGAGAAAGCCUGUCAACAUCGCUAUUUUUCUAAACGACGAUGACCAAUACGAGAUUUCCUCAAUUGCAGUUAUAAGCGUCAUACGAAGAGUCAACCUAUACCACAGGGUGGAAUCAUUUUUGCACCCCCACAUCUUUAAAGUACAAAAACAUGAAGUUUUAAGAGCGGGUCAAUUAGUGUGCCAGCUGGUGGAGAAAGGCAUCGCCGCCAUUUUUGGUCCCGAGUCGCCAGAAAUUAACGACAUGAUUCAAUCAGUGUCCUCCACUCUUCAGAUUCCACAAUUCCAGACGUUCUGGAAUCCGAAGUUGGCAACUCUCGCCUACCGCCAACCGGUCGCAGACAGACCCAAUCAAGUUUUCAACUUGCACCCGAGUCCUAAAGCUCUCUCCAAAGCUUUGGCCACUUUGGUGCGCGAGAACGACUGGAAGAGUUACACCAUUCUUUAUGAAAAUGAUAAUGGACUUUUGAGGCUGCAGGAGACGCUGAAACAGCUAAAUCCCAGAGACCCCGUUGUGGCUUUUAAGGCACUGGGGCCAAAGGAAAAUCUCAGAUCAGUGUUGAAAGAAGUUAAGAGCUCUGGAGUUUCGCACUUCAUCCUAGACUGCGAGGCGGACCGAAUAAUGGACAUUUUAAGACUGGCUCAAGAACUUAAAUUGUUGUCAGAAUUUCAUAGCUACAUACUGACUAACUUGGACUCACAUACAUUGAAUUGGUCCGAACUGGGUAGUAUAAGAUCAAAUAUAACUGCCAUGAGACUUCUUGAUCCUGAGAGUAUCAACAUGAAAAAUGCUGCAUUGGUUUGGAACCAGACCGUGAAAUUAGACGUAUUAGAUACUAUUAGAAAUCCAGCAAUUCAAAAAGAGUUGGAUUAUCUACGAAGUCACAGAUUCCUAUAUAAUAUUAAAACAUCUGAGAUACAUACAAAAACUCCCUUAUUAUACGAUGCCUUAAAUCUCUUUAUCUCAGUGUACGCUGACUUAGAGGUGAAAAAUAAAUUAACAGUGAAUCCCCUCAAUUGUAAAGAGGAUAACGUAUCCACACACGGACAGGUAUUCUUUGAUACCAUUAAAGAGGAAAAAAAGAAUCUUCGAUUAUUACUGGAACCAUUGACUGGAGAAAUCACAAAAUUUGAUUCUAUGGGAUAUCGACGAAACUUCAAAUUGCAGAUUAUCGAGCUCGACUCCAAAAAGUUUAGAGUUACUGGAAGCUGGGACUCAAUACUGCCAGAUAAAAUUGAUUUGGCCCUAUCGACCAAAGAACGCGAUGAAGAACUUUUGAAAAAAAUCCAAAAAAGGAAUUUCCGAGUUGUGUCACGCCUGGGAGAUCCCUACUUAAUGGAAGCAGUAGAUCCCAAUGGUAAAACUUUAUACGGUAACGAUAGGUACGAGGGAUAUUCCAUGGAUCUUAUGAAGGAAAUUUGCAAACCAGAAAAUCUUAACUGUAGCUUUACUUUUCAUCUAGUACCUGACGGUAAAUAUGGGAACUAUGACUCCAAAACAAAGCAAUGGAACGGUCUCAUUAAGGAACUAUUGGAAUAUCGAGCUGAACUGGGAAUAUGCGAUUUAACUAUUACCUACGAAAGAAGAAAAGCUGUCGAUUUUACAAGCCCUUUUAUGUCACUAGGUAUUAGUAUUCUUUAUGCCAAACCGACAAAACAACCACCAAAUCUUCUCACAUUUAGCCAUCCAUUUUCCUUUGAUGUCUGGAUCUACAUUGCCACAUCUUACUUAUUAAUAUCUUUGAUAAUGUUUUUGACUGCACGAAUUAAUCCUAAUGACUGGGAGAGCACACAUCCAUGUAAUCAAUAUUCAUCAGAAGUAGAAAAUAUCUGGACGUGGAGAAAUUGUUGCUGGUUAACUUUGGGUUCAUCUAUGGCAGCAGGUUGCGAUCUUCUUCCAAAGGGAAUAUCAACCCGAAUGGUAGUAGCCAUGUGGUGGUUUUUUGCCUUAAUCAUGACAGCUUGUUACACUGCUAACAUGACAGCUUUCUUGACGAGCUCGCGCAUGGGCCUUACGAUCGAAAGCGCAGAAGACUUGGCAGGUCAGAAUAAGAUCAAAUAUGGAUGUUUAAAAGGUGGCGCGACAUCAUCAUUCUUCAAAGACACCAACUUCUCUACCUAUCAUCGAAUGUGGGUCCAAAUGGAGUCAGCUGAACCGAACGUGUUUGAAACAAACAAUAAAGACGGCGUUAAACGUGUUCUGAGCAGUAAAAGAAAGUACGCGUUUAUCAUGGAAAGCUCUACUAUCGAAUACGAAAUGGAACGGAACUGUGAACUGACCCAAGUAGGAAAUAAUUUGGACUCAAAAGGAUAUGGAAUUGCAAUGCCCUUCAAUGCUCCCUAUAGGAAAUCCAUAAACGCAGCAAUUUUAAAAAUGCAAGAGAUGGGUAUUCUACACACUUUAAAAACAAAGUGGUGGAAAGAAAUGAAUGGAGGAGGACAGUGUACGAAAGAGCUCUCGGAUGAGGCUGCCGCCGUCGAAUUGGGUCUGGACAACGUGGGAGGCGUCUUCGUGGUGCUUGGCGUAGGUGUGGGGCUGUCACUGAUCAUGGCCAUCUGCGAAUUUCUAUGGAACGUACGAAAAGUGGCUGUCGUACAGAAAUUGACACCAAAAGAAGCCCUCAUCCAGGAAUUAAAGUUUGCCGUUGACAUAUGGGCAAGAAAGAAGAACGUCACUAUGAGUGGCUCAAAAGCAAUUUCUAUGGAAGAGAUAGACGAAAAAUGUACCUAAAUAAGAGUACGAAGACUCUAAUCUUAUAAAAUCCUACUACGAUACGUCAAGCGGAAACGCUGUUUGUCCGGGACGAUAACUCCUUGCGUCACCUAGGAACGUAAUCUGAACUACCAACAGACAUUUGCCGUGGAUUUUGCCAUUUUUUAUUUAAUAAAAGAUUACAAUUUUAUUUACAAAUAAAGUUGAAAAGAAGC